AUGGCGGCGGCCCUGUGCCACUCCUCGUCCUGCCACCAGGGGGCGACGCGAGACUUUGCAGGGCUCCCAACGCUGCUCAGCAAAUCGCUCCCGACUGACGAGCACCCUCCAUCCUCGAGACCCCGGCUCCGAGAACGUUCGGUGGGUUCAGGCGCAGGAAGGCCGGCACCCCUCGCUAUGAACAGGUCAGGGAGACAUCGCUUGGCCGGGCCCCAGCCCACUGCUAGUGAGGAGAGCAGCUUCGAGGUCAGGAUCUCUUCUCUGGGCCUCAGCCCUCCGCCCACCUACUCCAAGCCUGGCCCGGGCAGCCCCGGGGUGGGCAGGAGUGUUGCCCUGGAAGCACCUUGGCAGGUGGGCAGCAGUCUUAGUUCCGGGCUCCGUGGCGGCUGUUUUGUCAGGCCACGAUGGGUUUCAACCCCAGUCGAGGGACGAUUUCCUUUGAGGUCUGUUCCGGCUCGGCCAGGGUGGGCGAGUGAGAGGUGGGCAGGAGAAGGCGGUCCCGAUGCCCGAGGCUCCGACUAUGCUUCCCACUCCGGGGCUGGCGUGUGGAUCCUGACCCAGGAAUGGAAACGCAAGAGGGCAGCGAGGGCCGGCCAUGAGGAGGGCCAGCCCUGAGGAGGUCCAGCUGUGAUGGUCA